CACCUCCAUAAUAUACUUUUUUUCUUUCUUUAUCAUUUCUUAAACCCACUAAACCCUCCCCUUAUCCUCUCUCUCUCACCACAAUGCUCACUACAGCAGCAGCUACGAUGGCCGGCUCAGCCACUCCCUUGCAGUCGACCUCCGUAUCUCUCGCCGCCGGCGAACUUUCCUUAUCAAUCGCAGUACUUAAACCAACAAACCUCGCCGGCCGUUCAUCCACUUUCCGCCGCAACUCCAGCCUCCAUUCCAUCCGGGUUGGGAAUACAAAUUCGGGUCGGGUCAAUACUAUUGUGUGCAAAGCUAACCGGUCCGCAUACUCGCCACUGAAUUCCGGGUCGAACUACGGCGACCGUCCACCGACUGAGAUGGCUCCGCUUUUCCCCGGAUGUGAUUACGAACACUGGCUUAUAGUUAUGGAUAAGCCUGGAGGUGAAGGUGCUACUAAACAGCAGAUGAUUGAUUGUUACAUACAAACAUUGGCUAAAGUAGUUGGGAGUGAAGAAGAGGCCAAGAAGAAGAUAUACAAUGUUUCAUGCGAAAGAUACUUCGGUUUUGGAUGUGAGAUUGAUGAGGAGACAUCGAAUAAGCUUGAAGGUUUGCCUGGUGUUCUCUUUGUCCUACCAGAUUCAUAUGUCGAUCCUGAGAACAAGGAUUAUGGAGCUGAGCUAUUUGUGAACGGAGAGAUAGUUCGAAGGUCACCUGAAAGACAAAGGAGAGUGGAGCCAGUACCCCAGAGAGCUCAAGACAGACCCAGAUAUAACGACCGAACACGUUAUGUAAGACGCCGUGAGAACACGCGGUGAAGACUGACCUCAAUGUGAUAGUAUUGCAAUAACAACUAUACCUCAAUCCCAAACAAGUUGGGAGAAAAAUCUUGUUGUGGAAAGAUAAUUUAUUGGUUGUUCUGUUAACUAUUGUUCUGUGCUAAUGGAACAUUUGAUGAUUUUGUUUGACCUCUUUGAAAAUUAGGUACUUGAUAGUCAUGCAAGUUCAUUGAUAUGUAAAGUAAUUAGUUUUCUUUGUU